CUUUUGAAAAAUAUCUUCUUUGUUGCAGAAAACACUGACAGUGUAGUGAUGCAGCCUAAACAGAAACUUCUGUUGAAUGAUGUGCGUAACCUGCCAGUAAAUAGUCAGAAGUUUAUUGAACGUGAAGAGAGCCAAAUCCCAGUGGAUGAAAUAUUUUUCCACAGAUAUUACAAAAGACUUAAUGCAUCGGAGAAGCAACAAAGAUUCCGAGGAAGUGAUGAAGCCAUGGAGGAUGUAGAUGAUGAUGAAUUCGAGCGGCUGCUUGAUUUCUAUGAAGGAGAAAAAUCUUAUAAUACAUUAAUUGAUGACAGUUUAGAUUUUGCCAGUAAUACAAAACAGGAAUCAAAAAAUGCAAAAAAAGUUGAAGAAACUGAUUCAGACCUCGAAGAUGAUGUGGGUGAUUUGAAUGAUGACGAAGUAUCGUUGGGAAGCUUGGGUGAAGACGACUUUGAGGAAGUGGUUGGAGAAGAUGGUGGCAUGUUUAUGGAUGAACUGGAUGAUACAGAAGAGAUUGGCAGUGUCUUAACAAGCAAGAAGUGUAAAACGUCUGGCAAAAGGAAAAAAGACAUUUAUUUCGCCAAAUUUGUUUCAGGAAAGAAACCAAAAAAGAGUGUUAAGGAUAGCACUAACAUGUUUGCUGCUGCAGAAGAGUUUGGUUAUCUGCUGGAUGAAAACGCAGGAUCAAAGUUUGACAACAUUGGUAUAAAUGCAAUGGCAAACAACGAUAAAGCAAGUAUGAAACAGCUACAGUGGGAAUCCGAUCGUGAUGCUUGGAUCAGAGGCAAAGACGCACGGACGCUACGCAAGCAGAAGAACAACUUCAAGGCCAAGAAACUACAAAAUAAACACAAAAGAUUUUUAAACAAGAGAUGAACAAAGCUUAGAAAAGUAUUUGUAAAACACUGUUCCUAACCUCCCUGGCAAAUCAACCUUUACAUAUUAAAGACUUGUACUUACAUAUUUACUGGUUAUUUUUGGACCACAUUUCCUGAUCCUGUUCUCGGAUUCCAUAGAUUCCUGCCCACUCAUUGGAUUUAUAAUAAACUGAAAAUAGUAAAGGAAAUUAUUUUGUAUCAAUUUAUAAAAUGGUGCUGCAUUUUAAGAACGGAGAAGACUGUGCAAGUCAGAAGGACUUUGACAGUGGACGAUUUAGAGUUUAAUAACUUUCAGCAAAGUCUAACAUGAAUGCAGAACAAGAUGGUUAAAAAACUGGAAUGCAGAAGAUGACAUCAGAAUCUCAACUAUUCAAGCAGUAUGCAUGGAUUAGAAAAGUUUAUAUUUUGUAUAAAGAUAAGUUCAAGUGCAAAACUAAACCAUUUGUUUUUUUUAAGAGAUCUAACAAGUCUUUGUUCACGCUGCCCUUGUUUAUGUUUUGUCUAUAAAUUCAACUGAAUUUGUGACUUCAAACUUAAUUCAGAGCGGCUUAGAAAUUUCAAAACAGUUGAAGUUUUUACAACACAAUUUCACCUCUCAAACUUCAUCUGAGCAAAUAGAACUGGUACUCACCUUCCAAAAUGGAUGGAAACCUUCUUUUUACUGAAUGUCUGAACUCUGGGGGGGUGGAAAAAAUACACUUUGUAUAAUGUUUAAUCUUCAUGCUACUAAAAGCAGUUACCAAGA